AUGUUUAGAGACCUUGAAAGUUUACAAUUACUCCAAAAAUUAGCCCAAAAAUUAAAAUCCCAACAAAUUGGCUUUUGGAUUGAAAAUCAAGACUGCUAUUUAUGGGAAAACACCUUCCAUUACUCUAAUAAGAUAAAAGUAGGUGAUUUAUCACUUACCAAAGAGAAUUAUUGGGCUAAAUUUAACCAAGAACUAGAAAAAGCAGCCCAAGAACAGGAGAAAAGAAGCAAUUUUUUAAACACUAAAUUCCAAGAAAUCUCAGAUAUAGAACUGAUUGAAGAAUUAAAAAAAAGAACCCAACACCACGCCAUUAAACUGAGCAUGUAUUCCGGGAACGACACCAUUUUUGUUGAAGUAUCAGCAACACUUAACCGCCUAUCAAAAACAAGACCAAGAAUUUUAAAAAUUAUGCCGAAAUCCAAAAACCCGCAAAAGCAAAUUGAAAGAAAACUGAAUAAAUUACAAGAACUAAUCGAGGAAAUAAUUGAAGUCCAAUGGAUGAAUAUCACUCCCAAAAAGAUGAAUAAAAAGCAAACUGAACAAGUUUUAAACUUCCCGCAAAUCCAAGCCUUAUGCUUACCUCCUUCUAGUCUCCACUUACCCCAACGCCAUGAUAAACUCUUAGAAACUGUUCUCUUAAUGGGCUAUCUCGGCUUGCGAGUAUCCGAAGCCAUUAACUUUACUUGUCAACAAAUUUCAGUCGAAGAUAAAUCUGCUUUUCUAGUCAAUGGCAAAG